CACUACCAACAACGACCAAUCAAAACAGACCAAAUCAAUGAAUUAAAAAUUCGUUUUUAAAAGAAAACAUGUUAUCAUAAGGCCAGUGGAAUUCGUACACGACAUUUUAAAGAAAGAGUUGCAUCGGAAAAGAAGAUAUUACGUGAGAAAAUUGUAAACACGAAAAAAAACUAUUUGAGAUGAAGUGGAGUAAAGGUCCGUCACCUUGUAAAGUUGAAAGAAUUAAAUCAAUGAAAAUUUGAAACUACGUAUUUAUGUUUUAACAGCUCUUCAUAUUUUAACUGAUUGUGGCAGUGUUAACAUAAAGUUUUACAAUUUUAAUAAGAAGAUAUUCAUAUAAUGCAAAUCUAAGAUUAUUUCCUGUUCUUUAAAUUGAUUAUAGUUUAAAAGAAUAUUUAAAACAAUAUGACAGCAACAGCACCUGCAGUUUUUAUAACUGUGCCCAAAUAUGUGGCAAUUACACCAUCAACACCGUCGUUACCAAAAAUAAGACCAGCACCCACACCUGUUGUCAUGGACGCAAUUCCAGUGGCAACAGAUGAGGGUGCUCCGAAAGGCAAAAAGAGACGUUUGGACCAUUUAACAUGGGAAGAAAAAGUACAGAGAAAGAAGCUGAAAAAUCGUGUUGCUGCCCAAACAUCCCGGGAUCGCAAGAAGGCACGUAUGGAAGAAAUGGAAUGUGAAAUUAAAGAACUAAAUCAGAAAACUGAAAUAUUAGAAAACAAAUGCGAAAGCUUACAAGCAAUCAAUGAUUCGCUUUUGGAAAAAAAUCAAAAACUUGACAUGGAAGUGGAAAUGAUGAGGCAACAACUACUUGAACUGCAACAACAACAACAACAAAUGUCUGGCUCAAAAUCGAAAGUUGCUACUUGUACUGGCUGUGAAUCCAUACUUAAUGGAUCUGCAGUAUCCAAUACUGACCCUCUGCAGCAGGGAUCACCUCUAAUGGAAUCACAGUCAAUACAAGCACAACUGAAAAAGACCAGCAUGCUAGCAGCACUGUGGAGGAUUGUUGCCCUCUGCCUACUCUACAAGACAUGCUCCUCAUCGAAGACGAGUUCGACGCAGGAAAGCUCGAAGAGCUGGCCGAAAGUUUGCUCGCAGAUAUCACAGCAGACAUGGAAACAAGCAAUCGAACGCGCAAUGAAACUUCUACCGAAGUUGCAAGCAGAGCAGAGCGAUUGUCUGGACCAAUGGUGGGGACCACAGCAAAGUGCGUGGAAUCCAGCGAACAUAGCGCAACACUCACACAAAGUAGCAGCUUAGAAACUCCUGAUGACGUUACGCAUGACAAAAUACACCCACUGCACGCAUUUACAUUACAAAGUAAAAAAGAUACUUAUGACGACAAAGAAAUUGCAGAGGCAGUACAUAAUGAUAUUAAUAUAGCUACAGCAACAGUAACAGCAACACCAGAUACAGUAUAUGGUA